AUGGCGGGCACGGAACGACCGAAGACGCCGCCGCGGCCGGCGAUGGCUACCAACAAGUCACCCAUCACCCCUGAGCAAGUCCGCCGCAUGGAAGAGAACCGUCUUCGAGCCAAAGCCCUCCGAACGCAGCAAGAAGCCGCAGCGAACAGGUCUGCGCCGUCGAGACCUUCAGGAGCAGCACCACUCCCCAUAGCCGGUCAGAAACGAGCUCAUACUGCCAUAUCAACCCGCGAUGUGCCAAUCUCAAGUCGUGACGCCCGCAGCCCGGUCAAAGCACCCAGUAGCAACAAUGGACUCGCUCAGUCGCAAGAUACGGGGAUUCGAGCGGCACGAAAGUUCCAAAAAUUCGUCGAAUAUGAUUUCAGUAAGAUGACGGAUACCAAGGGUGGCUUCAUGACCCACGAGGAUGAUCCGCACAACAAGUCACUGCAUGCGCCUGGCGAGGGGAAGCCGGCGAAUAUGACCUUGAAAGAGUGGGAGCAUCAGCAAUUACAGCGCAGGCUCCGAGAUGCCAAAGCAGGGCCGUAUGAGCCCGGGCUGUCGGUACUGGAGCAGAACAGCAAGAAGUGCAGAGAAUGUGGGACACUGGAGAUUGACUGGCAAUGGGACGAGCUGCUCAACUGCCGCAUAUGCAACACCUGUAAAGAGAAAUUCCCAGAGAAGUACAGUCUGUUGACAAAGACAGAAGCAAAGGAGGACUACCUCUUAACAGACCCGGAGCUGAAAGACACCGAACUGCUACCUCAUCUGAAAAAGCCUAACCCGCACAAAGCCACGUUCCACGACAUGAUGCUCUAUGUCAGGUAUCAGGUCGAAGAGUACGCUUUCAGCGACAAGAAAUGGGGUUCGGCGGAGGCGCUUGACGAGGAAUUCGAACGUCGAACACAGCAUAAGAAGGAUAUGAAGGAGAAGAAGUUCAAAAACAAGUUGCAGGAGUUGAAGAAGAGGACGAGAGUGGAUGCGUACAAGCGAGCGAGAGGCGGCGGUGGUGGUGAGUUUGGGGAUACGAUUGGGAGGAGAAAGCAUGAGCAUGAAUGGGGAAGAUCCAUAGAGGACCCCGAGACGGGCAUGACGAAGAAGAGCUGUGUUGAGUGUGGGAUGGAGGUGGAGGAGUUGGAGUUUUGA